AUGGUUUCCAAGACUGUCCUCAUCGCGGCGAUGAUCGCCUACGUCGAAGCCCGUUUCGGCCAGGAGCAAGUCCCCAUUGCUGCCAUUUCUGCUGUUCAGGGUGGAGACGCCGGUGCUGCGGCAACCAUUGCUGGAGCCACCAUCAGCGACCUUCUCGGUGGAGCCAAUGCUUGUGCUAAGCUCACCCGCGCUGACCAAAUCGUCACUGAGCUCGGUGGCGGUGCGGACGCCAUUGCCGCUGCCAUCGGCCUCGUUGCCGCAGAGAAGAACACCAACCCCUUUGCCAACGGCAAUGUUCAGAACGUCUGCGGUGACGCUACUCUGCCCGUCACCCCUGAGCUCCGUGGUAUCACUCCCCUCAUCGACCCUGAUGUCGAUGUUGACGGUGCUGCUGCUGCUCUCAGUGAGCAGUCUCAGGGUGCUCCCCUGGCUGCUGAGGGCAUGAGUGUUUUCGACCUCAUGGAGGCUGCUGGUCUCGGUGACCUUGUCGUUGCUCAGGACGCGGCUGGCGGCGCUGCUGCUGGAGGUGCUGCUGCAGCCGGCGGUGCUGCCGCUGGUAAUGCUAACGCUGGUAACAACGCCAAUGCCAACGCUGGAGCAAACGCUGGUAACAACGCCAAUGCUGGCGCUGCUGCUGGUAACGCCGCUGGUAACAACGCCACCGCUGGUAACGCCAAUGCCGGUGCCAACGCUGGCAACAACGCCAACGCUGGCAACAACGCAAAUGCUGGUGCCAACGCUGGUAACAACGCCAAUGCUGGCGCUGCUGCUGGUAACGCCGCUGGUAACAACGCCAACGCUGGUAACAACGCCAAUGCUGGUGCCAACGCUGGAAACAACGCCAAUGCUGGUGCCAACGCUGGAAACAACGCAAAUGCUGGUAACAAUGCCAACGCCGGUAACAACGCAAAUGCUGGAAACAACGCAAACCAGAACGCUGGCAAUGCCGACAACGCCAACGACAACGCAGCUGACAAUGCCAACGCCGGUAACAAUGCCAAUGCCGGUAACAAUGCCAACGCUGGCAACAACAACAACGCUGGUAACAACGCUGGAAACAACGCAAACCAGAACGCCGGCAAUGCCAACGCUGGAAACGCAAACCAGGGCAACAAUGCCAACGACAACGCAGCCGACAACGCGGGUAACGCAGCAGACGGCGCAGCAGCAGGUGGUGCCGCCGCUGGUGGAGCAGACUUCGGCCAGUGCACACCCACCAUCACCUUCCAGGGUGGUGAGGGCAACCGUCCCGCCGACGAGUUCACCUUCCAGAUCGCUGACGAGCUCGCUCGUGGAGGCCAAGGCGAAGCUCUGAACCCCAACAUCAUCACCAACGCGCUCUGCAACCAGCUCACCAACGUGUGCGAUGCCAACGCCGCCGCCGUCACUCUCUGCGAGGACGCCGCUGCCCAGGUCGAGGCUGCUGGAACCCGCAACAAGAGCACUGCUGACCUCUUCAACACUGCUGUUGGCUUUGCCGGCGCAGUUACCAACCCUGAUGGUGGACCCGCUGAUGUUGCUGAUGCGGGUGCUGCGGCGCGCAAGAUGCGCAGGGGCUUGAGGGCUUAGAUGCCAACUUUUGGUGCGAUGGAUAUAUGUACCCUUUUGAAAAAUUUAGCGAGAAUGCGAGGAUAGAACUGAACUGAUGCGACUUGUUAGAGUUGGGCUCGAUAGGGGAGGAGAGUGGGAUGUGUUUUGAUACCUGGACAGAUGAUUUUUAUAUUUCUUAUAUGUACGACUACAUAGCCUUUAUGGCAUUCAUGAAUUACAACGAUUGAGUGGCU